AUGUUCGCCUCACGAAACAACGAAAAUGCCAUCUACGAGCAGCAACAGGCCGCCGCCGCCAAACCCCUGAACCAAGGAGUCAAAGGCCUUGCUCCCAAGACUCCCGCCAACAAGCCUCCUAAGACGCCCUUCGGGAAGGGCAGGAAUGACGAGAAUGCUGCUUUGCUGUUUGGAAAAGAUGGCGGCGCGAAGGAGGGGAAAGCUGAGCGCAAUGCCUUCGUGACGCCAGCUAACCCACGCACGCGAGCACCAUUAGGCAACAAAACUACCAACGCCAAAGCCUUCCAAACCCCAGCACCGCUUCUCGCCCCCGACAAGCCAAAAGACGGAGACCGCCCUUCUUCCACCAAGCCCACCAGCCCACGUCUGCGCCGUAGCAAGAUCAAGGUCCACGAGACAGCAGAGAAUGUCCUUGCCCAAGAUCCUGAGGAGCGAGAUGUCGAGUACAUGCCACCUCGCGAGGUGCCAAAGGAGGAGGACUACGACGACAUCUGUCCUCGAGACCGCGAUUACUCCAUGCUUAAGGGGAAGAACUUGACAAGAGGCUGGCUCAGCGAGUACCUGCCCAAGAAAGAGGACAACGGUGACGACGAUGAGCUGAGUGACUUUGAGGAGAAAUAUCAGAAAGCUGUGGAACGGGAGAAGAAGGAGCUCGCGGCGAAGAAGAGGCCUUUGAGUUCGAAAGGAACGAAUGCUACUGGAUCGAAGGCAGCUCCAGCGACGAUGAGAGCGCAAAAUGCUGCGUCUGCACUUUCAAGCCGACCAAGCAAGCCACUUGUGCGGAAGUUUGGUGCGUCAACCACCGCCGCGAAGGCUCGCCAACCCAUGACCUCUUCCUCUACGGCAACCAAGAAGCCCAUUUUCGAGAAGGGCAACCCUCGCUUCACAGCCGCCAAAGCCGCAUCCAACAGCACGAUCGGCUACUCCAAAGGUCGCGUCGUGUCUGCCCAUCGACGACCCCUGUCAGACAUUCACUCGCAACCAGAGCCGAAAGAAGAGAAGACCACCUUGGACCAGCUUCUCAAUCUCGGUAGCAUGGAAAUCGCAGACGAAGAUGCCGACCUGGGCUUGACCAGUCCAAAUAAAGGCAUCGAUCAACUGGUCGAAGACGACGAACCAGAAGUCUUCCAGCUUGAACCCCCUCAGGAAAUCUGA